AUGAAAACGUAACAAAAAAGCAUAAAAUAAAUUAUUUAUGACUUGAUGCUGAAAGAAACGUAAAAAGAUAGUCAGAAGAAAUUAAAUAUUGUUGUAAUUCCCAUGAGAUAUGGUUAAUAAUGGGGAAAUAGAAAUUUGAAGAAAAUAACUCCAUCGAGUAAAUAAUAGAGCGAACACACUCUAAAAUUUUCCCCUAUUAAUUGCACUAAAAUAUCUCCAGAUAAUUUUAAGGAAAAAGAACGGAGAAAGUAUGAAAAAUUAAUUAGUUUGGCAAACCAAAAAACAAAGUAAAUAAGCAGAGAAGAUGUUUAAUUGACUUAAUCCAGAUAAAAAUCAUAUUCAAUGAACAACACAAAAGUCAUUAACUAAAAAUUACCAUCUCUCCCUAAAAGAAUAUAAAAUAGAGCAGCAAAAGCAGCGAGUCUCUAAUUAUAUAAUUUAGAUACACUAGAAGGUUACAAUCUUUAAGUUGAAGAUAUGUCUCUCGAAAUUGAUGAAUACGUGAAACUAAAAUCUGUAAGCUCUAUAAGAGUGCCAGACUACUACUGA